CGUCCCUUCCAGCUCCCGGAGCGCCGCGGUGCCGCCACGGUCUCCCCGCUGGAAAAGUCCACAUAAACGCCUCUGGAACGCUCGGAGGGACGUCGGGAAGCAAAAAUGCGCCCGAUGCGGAUCUUCGUCAACGACGACCGGCACGUGAUGGCCAAGCACUCGGCCGUGUACCCCACGCAGGAGGAGCUGGAGGCCGUGCAGAACAUGGUUUCCCACACGGAGCGAGCGCUCAAAGCCGUCUCCGACUGGAUCGACGAGCAGGAGAAAGUCAGCGGGGAGCAGCCGGAGUCGGAGUCCAUGGAGACGGCGGCCGAGGAGGAGAACAAGGAAGGAGGGGAUCAGAAGGCCACGGAGCAGCUGACGAGGACCCUGCGGGGCGUGAUGCGCGUGGGGCUCGUGGCCAAAGGCCUCUUGCUCAAGGGGGACCUGGACCUGGAGCUGGUCCUGCUGUGCAAAGACAAACCCACGGCCAAGCUCCUGGAGAAAGUGGCCGACAACCUGGGGGUGCAGCUGGCGGCGAUCACCGAGGACAAGUACGAGGUCAUCCAGUCGGUGGGCGACGCCGCCAUCGUCAUCAAGAACACGAAGGAGCCCCCGCUGAGCCUCACCAUCCACCUGACGUCGCCCGUGGUCCGGGAGGAGCUGGAGAAGCAGCUGGCCGGAGAAACGCUCUCAGUCACCGACUCCCCGGACGUUCUGGACAGGCAGAAAUGCCUUGCUGCCUUGGCGUCUCUGCGCCACGCCAAGUGGUUCCAGGUUUGCAUUUUGUUCUUAUAUUUAUCUUUAAGUAGAAACAUUGGUAAACUCUUUGAUCCCUCUCUGAGACCCCUCUCUGGGGUCCCUCUCCUGGGAUUCCUCACGCAGGAUCCCUCUCUGGGGUCCCUCUCCCAGGUUUCCUCAUCCAGGAUCCCUCUCCCGGGACUCCUUUCUGGGGUCCCUCUUCCAGGAUCCCUCUCUGAGAUCCCUCUCCGGGGUCCCUCUCCCAGGAUUCCUUUCUGGGGUCCCUCUCCCAGGAUCCCUCUCCAGAGUCCCUCUCCCAGGAUUCCUUUCCGGGGUCCCUCUCCCAGGAUCCCUCUCCAGGUCCCUCUCCCGGGGUCCCUCCCCGGGCUCCCCGUGCCCUCCCUCACGCCCGUCCUUGCCUUGCAGCCGCUGGAGCUGCUGUGUGAGAAGUCCAUCGGGACGGCCAACCGGCCCAUGGGCGCGGGCGAGGCGCUGCGCCGGGUGCUGGAGUGCCUGGCCUCGGGCAUCGUCAUGCCAGAUGGUUCUGGUAUUUAUGACCCUUGUGAAAAAGAAGCCACUGAUGCUAUUGGGCAUCUAGACAGACAACAAAGGGAAGAUAUCACACAGAGUGCUCAGCACGCGCUGCGGCUCGCCGCCUUCGGCCAGCUCCACAAGGUCCUGGGCAUGGACCCCCUGCCCUCCAAAAUGCCCAAGAAACCAAAGAACGAGAACCCGGUCGAUUAUACUGUCCAGAUCCCGCCCAGCACCACCUACGCCGUGACCCCCAUGAAGAGGCCGAUGGAGGAGGACGGGGAGGAGAAAUCCCCCAGCAAGAAGAAGAAGAAGAUUCAGAAAAAAGAGGAGAAGCUGGAGCCGCCGCAGGCCAUGAACGCCCUGAUGAAGCUGAACCAGCUCAAGCCGGGGCUGCAGUACAAGCUGGUGUCCCAGACCGGCCCCGUGCACGCCCCCAUCUUCACCAUGUCCGUGGAGAUCGACGGCAGCACCUUCGAGGCCUCGGGGCCCUCCAAGAAGACGGCGAAGCUGCACGUGGCCGUCAAGGUGUUGCAAGACAUGGGGUUACCCACCGGAGUGGAAGGCAAAGACUCCGGGAAGGGUGACGAGUCGGCGGAGGAGACGGAGCAGAAGCCGGUGGUCGUCGCUCCUCCGCCCGUCGUCGAAACGGUGUCGACGCCCACGGCGGCCUCGCCCCCGGCAGAUCAGACCCCCGAGAACGUGAAGCAGCAGGGACCAAUCCUGACAAAGCACGGGAAGAACCCCGUGAUGGAGCUGAACGAGAAGCGGCGCGGGCUGAAGUACGAGCUGAUCUCGGAGACGGGCGGCAGCCACGACAAGCGCUUUGUCAUGGAGGUGGAGGUGGACGGGCAGAAGUUCCAAGGCGCCGGCUCGAACAAGAAGGUGGCCAAGGCCUACGCGGCGCUGGCCGCGCUGGAGAAGCUGUUCCCGGACGCUCCCGUGGCCAUCGAGCAGAACAAGAAGAAAAGAGCCCCCGUGCCAGCCAGGGGGGGCCCCAAAUUCCCAGUCAAACAGCACAACCCGGGGUUCGGCAUGGGGGGCCCCAUGCACAACGAGGCCCCCCCGCCCCCCAACAUGCGCGGCCGCGGCCGGGGCGGAAACAUCCGGGGCCGCGGGAGAGGCCGGGGCGGCUUCGGCGGCAACCACGGCGGCUACAUGAACACAGGGGCCGGGUACGGGAGCUAUGGCUACGGAGGGAAUUCCGCCACCGCCGGCUACAGCCAGUUCUACAGCAACGGCGGCCACUCCAACUCGGGGGGCGGCGGCGGCUCCUCGGGCUACGGCUCCUACUACCAGUCCGGCGACGGGUACACGGCGCCGGCGCCGCCCAAGCACGGCGGCAAGAAGCAGCAGCACGGCGGGGGCCAGAAGGCCUCCUACGGCUCCGGGUACUCGGCCCACCAGGGCCAGCAGCCCUACGGGCAGGGCCAGUACGGCGGCUACGGCCCCGGGCAGGGCAAGCAGAAGGGCUACGGCCACGGCCAGGGCGGCGGCGGCGGCGGCUACUCCUACUCCAACUCCUACAACUCGCCCAGCGGCGGCUCCGACUACAACUACGAGAGCAAAUACAGUUACAGCGGCAACAGCGGCCGCGGCGGCAACAACUACUCGGGCGGCGGCUCCUACAACUCGGGCUCCCACGGGGGCUACGGGGGCUCGGGGGGCGGGGGCUCCUCGUACCAAGGCGGAUACUCCUCCCAGUCCAACUACAACUCCCCCGGCUCCCAGAACUACAGCGGCCCCCCCAGCUCCUACCAGGCGUCGCAAGGCGGCUACGGCAGAAACGAGCACAGCAUGAGUUACCAGUACAGAUAAACCCCCCCUCCCGUGUCCCCACAGCCCCCAGACCCCCGGGACGGUCCCGUUUCCCCCCCUCCCUCCACCCGGGACCCCCCCGCCCCGUCCCCUCCCGCUCUGUGUGAC